AGAAUAUUGCCUAUUUGCCUCAAAUAAAUUUCAAGCGCUCACGUGUUGAUUUCGGAACGGCUCCGACCAUAUAAAACGGGCUUCUGAUUGGUCUACACAGUGCAUACUCGUCCCCACACUCCCGGCGCCACCGCAUCGCGGCGGACGACAUCCAUGGACGGUUGCUUAGACUCAGUUUCUCAUCCGCCGUACGAGCUUUUGCUCAGAGCGGCUUCGUUGAUUCCCAUAUCUCACUAUCUAUUUGCUUUUCUCUUCAUCCUUAUCUUCUUUCUCUAUUAUUUCAUCGAAAUCCAUUUCUUCCGAGAUUUUCUCGCCGGAUUUAGAGGUCAGCAUGUGUCCUUGACCUUCAGCCCUUGCUCUCAGCUCUAUCAGGAAGUUGUUUCCAAGUGUAGAAUUCUUCAUGGCAGGUAUUCGUCUACUCCAUGGUUGUGUAGUCCGCAUUUACAGACUACCUUCUUACAUUUCUUUGGGAUGCCUCCAGUCUGUAACUAUAGAAGAAAGAUAUUUCAUACACCUGAUGGUGGAACUAUAGCAUUGGAUUGGCUGACCAUUGAGGAUGUUAGGUCAUCAUAUAUAAAAAAUUGCGAUGGAGUUUACAGCAAUGAUAAAAGCCCAAUCCUGAUAGUGGUACCUGGCUUAACAAGUGACUCUGAUUCUGCUUAUGUGAAACAUCUUGUUUUCAAGAUGGCUAGACAAGGUUGGAGAGUUGUAGUCUACAAUCAUCGUGGCCUUGGGGGUGUAUCUAUAACUUCUGAACGCUUUUAUAAUGCUGGAUGGACGGAGGACAUCCGUAAAGUCAUUGAUCAUCUUCAUACCCAAUAUCCUGAAGCUCCUCUAUUUUCUGUGGGGACAAGUAUUGGUGCUAAUGUUCUGGUGAAAUAUCUUGGUGAGGAUGGGGUCAAUACUCCCAUUGCUGGAGCAGCAGCUAUCUGUUCUCCAUGGGACCUUUUGAUAUGUGACAGGUUUAUUAACCGCAGGCUUAUCCAGAGAUUCUAUGACAAAGCUCUUACAAUUGGCUUAAAAGGUUAUGCUCAGCUGCAUGAGUCUAUCAUGUCUCGUCUUGUAAAUUGGGAAGGCAUUACAAAGUCAAAUAGUGUUCGAGACUUUGACAACCAUGCCACUCGUGUUCUUGGUAAAUAUGAGACUGUAGAUACAUAUUACAGGCGAUGCAGCAGUACUGGUUAUGUUGGAAAUGUUAUGAUUCCCCUUCUCUGCAUUAGUGCUUUGGACGAUCCAGUCUGCACAAGGGAAGCAAUUCCAUGGGAUGAGUGCCGGGCAAAUAAGAACAUUGUUUUAGCUACCACAGAGCACGGGGGACACUUGGCAUAUUUUGAAGGUCUCACUGCCAAAAGUGUUUGGUGGGUAAGGGCAGUUGAUGAAUUCUUCAGAGUUUUGAGCUCUAGUCCUUUGAUCAAGGAAAGAGGCAUGCAAGAUACUGCCAUGACCAACCCAAUUGAAUCAUCUUCAAUUGAUCAAGCUCCAUACGUGAGCGUGAUGGAUGAUGGAAUGGUGCGUGCUGUUACUAAUGAGCCGCCACCAAGUGAUAUAGGAUGCUGCGAGCUGUCCGAGCAAACGGUUGCAGAAGACAAAGCUGGAGAUGGUUCUUCAGCUGCAGAAUGUAAUGAUGUAAUUACGCCCCAAGAAGCAAAUGCAAAUGCGGCUGCUGAGGUUGCCGAGGACGCUGCUGCAUUGCCUCCCGUUAGGAAAUGCUUAAAUCAGCUUUCAAGGCAUAGUAAAGCGUCAAUAUGGCUUCUUGCCUAUGUUGCAAUUGUUUUAACUUUGCCAAUUCUGGGCUCUGCACUACCACUGCUGCUCAAGAAAAGGUUAAGAAACAUCUUUUCAGGAUUGUUACAGAGGAAAUAAUUCUCAUAAGUCAUAACUCAUAAGAGACAGCCUCUCUAUACUUUUCUGUUGUACUAAUUAAUUAUGAACAUUUGCAAUAAGAAAAACUAAAUUCAUUUACUCAA